AACAACCCCUUCAAAAGACCGUCAAACGGUUUCCGGAAGAGUUUUUGUCACCAACCUGCUGCACCCGGGUUAGUUCUUCUUCGGCUGGCAUCCGAGUAGUGGUAGGACUGUGUUUGAAAACGUGCACUAGAUCAGGUUUCACCCCAGCCCGAAAUCCACACAGGAAACUGCGGUAAGUGAGACUCCAACUUUCGACAAUGAAACGAGUGCACUUGGGGACGUUGUUGCUACUAGUGGUGGUUACGGGGGGACCGGAUCCGGUUGGUGGAGACUUUGUGCAGAACAUCAAAAACGGUGUCCGAAUGGCGGGAAGCUUGCUGGGCAUCGAGACUAUAUCUGACGUAGCCGAUCUGGUGGCGAAGGGUUUCUCCAAGCAGGGUAUAUUCAUCAAACCGGAAAGGAAUACCCCGAUGCAGCAGCAGGCCGCUUCGAUGAUGGUAAUGAUAUGGAAGUUGAUAGGACUAGAUGGAAGCAAGCUGGGUGCGCUAAUCAUGAAUGCACUGAUUUUCGUGGCCCAUGUGAUUGCAACGAAUCUAGGGGCCUUGAAGAAGCCAGGCGUUGAUCAGAAAACCGAUCCGGAAUUCCCAAAACCGGAAGAAUCAUCCAUUCUUCAGUCGGAAUCCCCACUGGACUGGUUGUUGAACAAUCCUCCGCUGCAGUUGGGUUACAUGCUGAACACCAUUCGGCACGAGAACGUUACAGACUUUCUCCAAUCAGAUCUGGCAAAUCUGGAACACACUCCAAUGGAAGACUCCGGUUGUAUAAGGUUGCUGAUAUGCAAGAUAAAACCGUUCAUAUGGAAAAUGCAGCAGGUGGUUCAGGAAAGGUUGGCCAGGGAGGAGAAUUCCGAGCCCCCCAACGAGUCGGAGACCAUUGCGGAAUUAAUUGUGCGGAACGUUCCAAAGCUGGCAGAAUUCCAGGCGAACGGUGAUCAGUGCGAGGCACAGUUUAGACACUGCGUUCGCAGAUUUGGUUGAGUGACCUCAGGGCGUGAGUGAGGCUGAUGUUUAGCUUAAGAAGAAGUUAGUAUAAAUUGUUUGUUAUAUAGGAUAUUUUUAUU